AUGGACCAUGCUGAGAUGGUCGAAGACCUUGAUUCAUUCCUGCAAUAUCCUUGGGGGAGAUUAUCUUUCGAUGUGAUGAUGAAUUCCAUAAAGGGUCGGAAUAUUUCCCAGAUUUUAACCGCUAGCAUUACUGUUGGCGGACUCUUUCCAGCCUUGCAAAUGGUUGUACUGGAGGCUGUUCCAUCUAUCCAAGAUGACGAUGAAUCUUCUGAAGACGAGGAUAGCAGUCCAAGGAGGACUGGUGCUCGCAGUCGGCUACAAAAAGUUCAGCUUCAGCUCAACAAAGCGAGAGUGCUGGAUGAGGAAGAGAAGGUUGACGUUCAAUCCAUCAUCCGACCGGAUAUCGAAUUUAACAAUGAAGAUCUCUCUUGGAGUGAAGAUGAAGCGGACGAAAGGGUUGACCAUAUGGUUAUUUUAAUCAACCAAGGAUUUGAGUUCAAGUCUAAGAUGUUUGGACCUGGACUGAAGCCUGAAGAGUUAGCUGUGCGAACAAGUUCAUGCAGGGGUGGUGUGAAGACUAAGGUAGCCGUUGUUAAGAAAGGAAAGGGGAAGAUGAAAAAGUCUAGUAAACGUCGGAACUCCUCAUCAGUAGCUACCGACGCCGCUAAAGGAGCUACACUUACAGAGGAGACAAUGAGGGUGUUGGUUCAGAAACUUAUUGAGGACAACAACAAGAAGAUUGAGAAACUGUUAAAGGCUAACAAUCGCAACAUUGUUAACGGAGUUACGCAAUGGUUUCUUGAUAACGCAGUUAUCGACAGAGAAGUGAAUGCUGGUCCUUCAUUGUCGGGGUUUAGCGCCAGUAGGACAAGGAGCCGCCCCCAACAUGAUGCUCCUAGUUUUAACCGGUUGACUUCACCGCCACAGGCCCCGCCAGCCGCUCCAUCCCACAGCCAACACGAUCCACAGGCAGCCUUAGAUCGAUCUACUCCACACCCCAUACCAGAUCCCGACAAUAUUCCAACAGUUGAUGAGAUUUUGUCUCUUUAUGCAUCACAAACUGCCAACGACUGCAUCCCAGGAAAUCGUCAAACUGUGGAAGGUGUGGAAAGUGUGGUGCGAGUGGACGACCUGAGCGAGAUGGGUGGCCAAGAUGCAGCAGAUGGUGCACUCAGAUCACAAAUUCCAUUGGAAGAUGGUGUAAAUAUUUCUCCACCCAUGACGCAGGAAAAGGACCUAGUAAGUCGCCCGUCCAUCCAACCCAACGAACUCGAAAAGACCCCCGCUCCAGUAAACUUGCACGACCAGGAUAUUGAAGUGUACUCUUGUUCACAAACCACCCAACCCGAAGUCGUUCAGAAGUCACCGUCUGGAGGGAACCCUGGAGUGAACCCGGCUGAUAAGGAGACGGAAGAGUCAUCCCUUCCACCAAACUCACAAGAAAUUAGUGAACUGAACUCUGUAGCAGAGAACAACUUCGUUGAGAAGCAAGGGCUUGCAGAUUCUCAUCCUGAGGGGGGAAAUGAUUCUAACAUUGCAGAGUCCGAUGACGUUGAUGUUGAAUUCGUCCUCGUUGGGGAGGUGCGUACUGAACGUUCUUCUAUUCUGGGAAUGGUUGAUGACCCCGUUAACAAUGUUGAAAAUCCGGAGCAACAAGCAGACGUUGGGCAAGUUCAGAGGAGGGUGAGUAAGCGUGUGAGGACGGUUUCUAGCCGAAUUGACAGUCCAUUUACGUAUGAGAAAUGA